AUCGUGAUUAAAAAAUCGACUUUUCCAUUGGAGGUAGCCCCAAAAUAAGAACGUGACAGAGUAUUUAGUGAUACAAGACAACCGACGAUAGUUUAAACAGCUGAUUUUCUUGUGUUUUCAAGCCACAGUGUGGCCUGUUCACGUGUACACCACUUCACGAAUACAACCUAAUCGUGUUGUCAGUAUGACCUAAAUCGGCCCAGACGUCGAUUGUCAGCUGCAAUUACGUAACUGGAGAUAAUUUAUUUAUUGUGUUCUGGCAUUCUGUAUUUCCAGGAAAGAAAGAAAGAAGAGAAUUUUUAAACUAAACACCGCAAACUUUGAAUUUAUCUUGCGUAAGGUGUGUUUAUCGAACGUUUCUAGCGUGUGUGUGUGUUUCAUUUCUAACACAAGCACCAGAUGGCAUCACUACUGUAGCGUAGAGUUAAGUUUUCAACAGGUGAAUGACAUAACCGACCAGGUAAAAACUAAGAAAAGGUGGGCUCAGUGUAUGAAAUUUUGCAUAUUUGAUCAGAGAAAUCUCCGUCUUCCGGUUGCGGAUUAGAAAUUCCAUUUGUCAAGGUGUUGGAUUCGACUAACAAUUAGGAAUAAUUAUUGAAAUUGCAUCAUCUCUCUUUGGAGUUCCACAAAAAUGCCGCAUGAAGCGUGCCUUAUUUCUCCUCGAGUGAUUGAAUUCAGUUUGCCGUCUUCCUGAAAUAACAGGAAGCGAAAAAUUUGCAUUUCUGAAAUUCUUUUACUGAACCGUAUAACAAUUACAUAUUUAAUAGUUAUUAAUUUGUCCCUUAGGUAAUGAUUGUGUGGAGGUAUUUACUCAUAAUGUGUGCAGCUUUUGCUGCGUGUAGGUGUUUUGACACCGGUGCACCCAUUAAAGCCUGUCAAGAUAUGAUUCUGAAUCAUAAAGUAAAAGCGCAGAAGUCAAAAUCUCCGUAUCUUCUGACCGUUAUGCCGAUGAGAAAUAAAAUUUCCUUUCUAGUGAAAUUAAAUCAUCUUGACGGUAAAGAAUUUCAAGGAUUUUUCCUUCAGGCUCGACUGAAUAGCAAUAAAAAUCAAAUAAUCAACGGAACCUUCACUAGCAGUGGAAUAAGCCAAACAAGAAACUGUUUCAAUAAGAAAGAUAAUGCUCUUACGCAUAUCAAUAAAGAUGGUAAAACUGUUGUUACAACCGAAUGGACACCGCCACCAGAUUUCGAAGGUGAAAUUAUAUUCAGAGCUACAGUGGCUAAAAAUAUUAGCACGUACUGGACUGGUAUAGAAUCAGGAGUUAUAAAAGUAACAAAGUCAACAUCAAAUCUCUUGAGAGCAAAACGGCAAGUACACUCUUAUAACGAAUGCGAUCAACGCAGAGGAUGUUUUGGCCUUCCUAAUGAUUGUAUAAAGAAGUCUGAUUGCACCAUGUUUUUGUCCUACUAUUCUGAUAAAAAUUCAAUUAUUUUUGAAUUGGUGGGUGCAUUGGGAACUUCUACAGGAUGGAUUGCGGUAGGGCUGUCUGAAGAUUCAAAAAUGGGCAGCGACAGCGUGACCGAAUGCAUCUACUCUGGACAAAAUAUUACCAUUCAACAGAGUUGGAACGUUCCAAAUCCGGAGAAAAGUAACGAACUGCUCCGAAACCCCAAAGAAAACAUAAUUGAAGAAUAUGGAUAUUAUGAGAACGGGGUGUUGACUUGUAAAUGGAAGCAUAGCUUUUCUAUGAGAGUAAAAGAUGCUAAUUUUGAUUUAUUAAAUAAAAACUAUUAUUUGUUACUGGCUAAAGGGUCACUAGGAGUAAAUAAAGUUAAAGAAAAGCAUACACAACACCUGGCAUCAAUUAACCCAGUAAAUUUAAAUACAGUUUCUAUUGUACAAGGAAAGUCAUCACUUUUAGUCAAGAUUCAUGGUUCAUUUAUGGUAGCCACUUGGAUCGGUUUGGUAAGCAUUGGAAUCUUGUUAGCUCGAUACUAUAAGCAGGUUUGGGAAGGUUCUACGUUAUGCAAGUCAAAAAUUUGGUUUGCGACUCAUCGUGCCAUAAUGCUCCUCAGUGUAUCUCUAGUCAUAGCAGCAUUUGUGGUAAUUUUUAAGCAUAAAGAAGGAUGGAGUGAGGUACCAGAUAAUCCACAUCCUAUCUUGGGAGUUGUAACUACAGGAUUAAUAAUUGUGCAGAUGAUCGCCGGUCUCGCUCGACCCAGUCCAAACUCUUCGCAGAGGCCAGUGUUUAAUUGGUUACAUUGGUUUAUUGGAAACUGCACUCAAAUUACUGCAGUUAUUACCAUAUUUUUUGCCGUUCCAUUAGAAGAAGCUAAUCUCGAAGAUUAUUUUUACUGGAUAUUGAUAGGAUUUAUCGGAUUUCAUUUUAUAUUUCACAUCAUUAUGUUGUUUCAUACAUGCAUUAUGGACAGGAAAGAUAAAAAUGAAAUUAAAAUGCAUCAGCUGGGGCAAAAUAGAGAACCAGAAGUUAUUAGGGAUGCACCGGGUGGAGGAUUUCGAAGAUUUAUGCUCGGAAUAUACAUAACAGUGACCGGUUCAGUGGUUGCAGCAUUAGUAUUGAUAAUAUGUCUGAACUGACAUCACUAACUUCGGAGAAAUUAAACCAUAGUACCUGUUGCCAUUUCAUUGUGUAUACUGCAUAAAUACGUAGAAAUUAAUAUUUAAUUAUAAUCAUUGCACAAGCAGAACUUUUUUGAUACCUUUAAAUUAUGUUAUAUAUAUAUUUUUUUUUAAAUGCUCAAACAGUAAGUAAUAUAACUUGUAUUUUAUCUGCGUCAAUAACAAAAAAUCACUACCUCAACUUCUCUAAAUUUUAAUACAUAUAAUAGCUUAAUCCAAGUACGCACGUACCAAUAAACCUGAACAUGUGGAUAACAGAAAUGUAAUUUUUUUUUCAUCCACCUGUUCAGGUAUACCAGUACACGUGUACUUGGCAUUAGUAAUUCCCAAUUGAAGAUACAAUUUUUAUUUCUAGAUUCGAUUCUAAGUUAGAUUUUGCACGUCUUAUCAUAGACUAAAUCUGUAUAAUAGCAAUUCUGAAUUAAUCACUCUCUUUAAAUAAAGAAAGACAAUUUUUAUUGAUCAAUUUUCUUUUAGCUCUGUGGCAUUAAUUGGAAAAGAAACUUUCUAGGUUAAAUGAUUUGCUCCCUCAGGAGCUCCAUUUACUAUAAUGUGGUCAUUUUUGUUUUUUUUUCUGUGAAGAAAUCUUAAAUUUUCUAGUGCCACAAACUACAUGACUAAACAAAAGAGGGAGAAUGUAUCAAAUUUUGUCCUGGAUUUUGCCAAAAUUUGAAACUUUCUUACAAAAAAAAAAAAGCAGUCAAAUUAACUGUUAAAGCUGUAUUUUAUCCAUUUUAUGAGUGCAUUUAAUUUUCAAUGAUGUAAAGUUUUAUGAAUCUGUUAUAAAACCAAAUUAAAUGUGCCAAAAAUAGCUGCAGCAUAAAUUUAUAGGAUAUUACUUAAAAAAAAAAAAGAAACAAAGUCAAAUCCCAAAUCUUUUUGAUGGCGAGCAAAAGACAAGUCAGCUUCUGGGACAGUUAUACUCUAGAGAUCGGGAUGUGAUCCCGAACUAACCCAUCUCCACCAGCGUCUCCCAAGGGAAGUGCAAUCUCAUGGAUGCCUUGGGGUAAAUGACAAUUCCCAGUAGAGGAAAAACACAAGAAAAAUUAAAUUCACCUUUAUGUUGGGAAAUGCUUUUUCUUAAUGCAUUCAAAUGGAUAUUUUCCCUCAGGCUAUAUUUAAGAAAUAUUAUGUAAUCAUCGUUUUCUCAUAUGGUUAUGUAAAAAUCAUUGUGUGUAUUUGUAACAUUUAAAGGGAAGUCAUAAUAAAAUUCAUCUGUUUAAUUUGUGUAAAUCUUGUUUAAAAGUUCUUUACAGGUUAGGGUCGGUGCGAAUGUCUACGUAAAUUUGACGUCAUUCUUUACCGUUUCUCAUUAUAAAACUUAAGUAAUGACGUCAAAUUGACGUCAGAAAGUGCACUAGCCCAAUCAGUCGAAGUCCCCGAGUUUCUUCGUAGUUGAUAUUUUUAUUGAUUUAUAGCACUGUCAAUUCAAAUUUGAAUCGCAGAUUGAUAAAUAAGUAGUAUUUAAUACAUAGAAUAAACACAAACCCGUUUCUUUCGUUAAAAAAAAACCUUAAAAACUUCGUUUCUCUUCGUAAACUU